AACAACCUCAUUUUCAGUAGUAGAAAAUAUUGAGGGUGCAAAUAAGAUCUCCCAAAACCUAACGGAUAGCCCAGCCCAAAACCAAAUUAAACAGUGUUUGCGGUGGCGCACGCACGUGCAGCAUUAUCACCGCCGGCGCCGCAACUUCACUUGUCAACCAACUAACUCUAUAAAUACCUUUUCCUUUUCAGGACAAACAAAAUAUUCAUUCAGUUUCAAUGCGAACACUGUAACCGUACACUGCGAACACUUUCAAAUUCGAAAAUUCAUUCACUGCGAACACUGUAACAGUACACUUGCGGCGCUGAACGGUGAUGAUGAUGGAAGCUCUAUCCCUGUCAACUCUUACUUUCCCAACCAUCUCACUUUCCAGAUCCAAGUCCAACUACCGUCCGAUCAAAUGCGCCGCUCAGUCUCUUCCUCUAGUUGAUAAUGCAGAUAAGUUUCUAGAAGCUUCUAAGAAAGGAAAUGUGAUUCCUCUAUACCGUUGCAUAUUCUCCGAUCAUCUCACUCCGGUUCUUGCUUACCGGUGUUUGGUUAAAGAAGAUGAAAGAGAUGCUCCUAGCUUUUUAUUUGAAUCAGCUGAACCUGGUCUUCAGAUUUCUAGUACUGGAAGGUAUAGUGUGGUGGGAGCUCAGCCUUGUAUGGAAAUUGUGGCAAAAGAAAAUAUGGUUACUAUAAUGGAUCAUGAGGAAGGGCGAAAGACAGAGGAGAUUGUGGUUGAUCCGUUGGUGAUUCCUCGUAGGAUCAUGGAGAAAUGGACGCCUCAACUUAUCGAUGAUCUUCCUGAAGCGUUUUGCGGUGGUUGGGUAGGUUAUUUCUCGUAUGAUACAAUGCGCUAUGUAGAAAAGAAGAAACUUCCCUUUGCUAAUGCCCCCUUUGAUGACAGAGGCCUUCCUGAUGUUCAUCUGGGCCUUUAUGAUAAUGUGAUCGUGUUUGAUCAUGUUGAAAAGAAAGCAUAUGUGAUUCAUUGGGUUCGGUUAGAUCGAUAUUCUUCUGCUGAGGAAGCCCUCAAUGAUGGAAUGGACAGGCUGGAAACACUAGUAUCUAGGGUGCAUGAUAUAAUAACCCCAAGGCUGCCUGCAGGUUCAAUAGAGUUAUUCACUCGUCUCUUUGGUCCUAAACUGGAGCUGUCAAACAUGACAAAUGAGGAAUACAUGAACGCGGUAUUGCAGGCUAAAGAGCACAUACUUGCUGGUGACAUUUUUCAAAUUGUCUUAAGUCAACGGUUUGAGCGCCGAACAUUUGCAGACCCUUUUGAAGUCUACAGAGCUUUGAGAAUUGUUAAUCCUAGUCCAUACAUGACUUAUUUGCAGGCCAGAGGGAGUAUAUUGGUUGCUUCAAGUCCAGAAAUACUUACACGGGUGAAGAAGGGAAAAAUCACCAAUAGGCCCCUUGCUGGGACUGUUAGAAGAGGGAAAACACCAAAAGAAGAUAUAAUGUUGGAGAAAGAUCUUUUGAAUGAUGAAAAACAAUGCGCAGAGCACAGAAUGCUAGUUGAUUUGGGGAGAAACGAUGUUGGAAAGGUCUCCAAACCCGGUUCUGUUCAAGUUGAAAAACUUAUGAACAUUGAGCGGUAUUCCCACGUUAUGCAUAUAAGCUCUACCGUCACUGGGGAGUUAUUAGAUGGCUUAACAAGCUGGGAUGCAUUGCGGGCUGCAUUACCUGUCGGUACAGUUAGCGGAGCACCAAAGGUGAAAGCCAUGGAGUUGAUUGAUCAGUUGGAAGUUGCAAGACGUGGGCCAUAUAGUGGCGGUUUUGGAGGCAUAUCUUUUUCUGGUGAUAUGGACAUUGCCCUCGCGUUGAGGACAAUAGUUUUCCCCACUGAUACUCGCUUUGAUACAAUGUACUCCUAUAAGGAUGUGAACAAACGCAGAGAAUGGAUUGCCCAUCUCCAGGCAGGAGCGGGAAUUGUGGCUGACAGUGAUCCAGCCGACGAGCAAAGAGAAUGUGAGAACAAAGCUGCAGGACUUGCACGUGCCAUUGAUCUUGCAGAAUCUUCAUUUGUUGACAAAUGAAUGAUUUGGGUUUAUCCAUUAUCCAUGUUAAUACUCUCUCUAGCUUUAAGUAUAAGCAAAAAACUGCUUUUCAGAUUCAUUAAUCAUUCAAUGAAUAUGAAAAGCGGUCUUUUGCUUAUAUUUGAAACUGCUUUUCAAAAAACUGCUUUUCAGAUUCAUCGAUUAACAAAGUGAUAAAGGUAAAUUAUGUUGUUGAUGGACUUCAUGGUUAAUGGUGGUUUACUACUGUACACGUAAUAAUUGUACAAUAUCAAUAUCAAUUUUUUUUUAAAACAAUACAAUAUCAUUAUCA